GGGGGGGGAGAGAGGGUUGGGCUGUCUGCUGCUGCUGAGAAAACCUGCCGCCAGACAUCCAGAGGGACUCCGGCGGCGCAGCGUUGCUUCUCCCGCAGCAUCAGCAUCAGCAUCCGCGACACCGCGGCGCAGCUUCCAGCCUCACCUGCUCCUGUGUGCGCGCCCCUCCCCUCCUCCCCUCCUCCCCCCACGCCUCCGUGACGAGGGACACUCGCUGCCGCAGCACAGAGGGGACGCACGGACGAGGGAAACCGGCUGAGCAGUCUUCGGGGAAAUAAAGGGGAGCUAUUUAAGGGCAGUGAAAGAUGGUGAAACUGGGGAGUAAUCUUCAAGACAAGGGGGGCAAACCUGUGAGCGUGGAGGACGGCUUUCAGAAUGUGCCCCUCAUCACUCCGCUGGACGUCGGCAGCCUCCAGAGCCAAGCACCUGACAAGGUGGUGGUGAAAACCCGCACUGAGUACCAGACAGAGAAGAAAAGGCUGAAGGUUCCCAAGGUGGAGGAGUUCACCAUCAGCUUCACUGACGGGGUGUCUGAGAGACUUAAGGUGACUAUUCUGAUCAUCCUGGCCCUGGCCUUCCUCGCCUGCAUCGUGUUCCUGGUGGUUUAUAAAGCCUUCACCUACGACCACGCCUGCCCAGAUGGAUUCAUUUACAAGCACAAAAGGUGCAUCCCGGCGUCCCUGGAGGCCUACUACGCCGCCCAAGACGCUAACUCGAGGGGCCGCUUCUACACGGUGAUCAGCCACUACAGCAUGGCCAAGCAGACCACCUCGCACUCUGUCUCCCCCUGGCUGCCCGGAGGGGCGCCAGGGCAGCAGCAUGACGCUAAGCCGCCCACUGGCGAGGGCCACUGAGUUGGCCCAGCGGGUAGAGUGUGUCGCAAAACGCACGCAGACAUGAAGGAAGGCAGGUGCAGGCAGAUAGGAACACACACACACACACACACACAUUAACACGUAGCUGAACAUCUUUCGUAGGCGUAGAUCAAAGCGACGCACAACAGACGCAGUAUGAUGCCAGUAUAGAGUGAAAACGUGCAUGCAGACAUGAUAAGCACAUGGCUAGGUCAUAUUCUGAUUUCCCUCGACUGACCAUUUGUGUGUCGGGUUCCUUAUUGAGGGGCAUAUUUCCUGUUGAACCUUUGUCUGCUGAUACAAACUCCCACGUACAAACACAGCCUGCUCUCUCGCUACCAUGUCUUUAAUGCCUUCCUCUUCAUUUACUAUAAUUGAUUGUCUUGAUAUAUUUAUUUUUCACUGUAAUGUAUGGAUAACUUGUAUGUGAUUAUCUUUGUACAAAGGCUUGAGUCAGUGCUGAAUUUCACGCUUCCUCUUUGAGGUUUUCUUAGUUAAGGUGUGUUUCUCUAGUUCAUUCACGGCCGCUUUUCUUGGAUCACUUCAUAUUCCGACCCUGAAAAUGUCUUAAAUUGCUGUAUAACGAGUUUUUAAACACAACGCUCAUCCGAGGAAGGUUCGACGCCAGAGUCCACAUCCAGCGGAAGUCAUUUUUCCAUCAUGGCUGUUUGAUAGCUCAUAUGCGCUGACGAUUCAAUGUUCUGUGUUAUACGAUUCAGAUCCUGAUAUCUCCCAGUGACCCACGCUGUACAUACAACUUUGCGAUCAGGCUAGUUUUUGUGUUUGUAUGAAUUCUAGUAGCUUUUAUUAGGAGGUUUUCAUUUUGGAUUUUACAGACUUGCAUUUCGUUCAUGCAUAUUGCUCCAGUGUUGUAGCUCCCUUAAACUCAAUGUUGCAAAUGGGGAAGGAAACACCCUGCAUAUCACGUCUCCUGCCCAAACUGUUAUUCUCCAGCUGAGAUCUGUUAAGUAUUGAUGGGCUUCAAUUUGCAGUCGAAUUCUGUUCCCGUACGGAUUUAUUCUCAUUUUGUAAUGUUGGAUCUGUUGUCGAGAGCGCUUUUAUGAGGUAUUGUGAUGUUGUUAGUUACGUAGCGAUACCCGGUGUACUUUAUCAGUGUGCAUCCGUGUCCCUGUUCCCUUUGGUUUGAAUUCAAAAUAAAAACAAGCUGUGACCUGUA